GCGAGAAGACCGUUUAUCUCUCUCGGAGUGCCAUGAAUUUGAGCGUGAACAGAUGCAUCGCCGGUGGAGGAGGUAUCAUCGGUGCAUUUUCGAGUUGCAGAAUCAAUCGUGGUACUGAAAAAAGGUUGGUCAGUGUGGCCAAGCAUCGUGAGGUUCAGAGAGGGAGACGUUUAGGUUCUGAUGCUGUUUCUGUAGAGAAGAAAGAGAGCACAAGUGUUAAACUUGCCAUGUUUGGUAGUGGUUUAGUAGGAGUGGCAAACUUGGUAACUCUUAGCUCAGCAAAGGCGGCAGACUUGAAAAUGGUUGUCUUGGAUCAAGCCACUUCCGUUUACAUCUUGGCUGAAGGAACGCUGGGAGAUUCGCUUGGAAACUUCUUGUAUUCAGCUAACCAACAAGCUAACGAAGCUGUUCAGGACCAGCUCUCAGCUCUCAGUGUAACAAGUUUGGCAGUAAUAUUCGGGGCAGGACUUGUGACAAGUCUUUCUCCAUGUACACUCAGUGUUCUGCCUUUGACACUUGGUUAUAUUGGUGCAUUCGGGUCUGGCAAAAGCAGAACUCAGGUUAUUGGAGAUGCACUUGCUUUCUCACUGGGAUUAGCAACUACCUUAGCACUUCUUGGGAUAGUAGCAUCUUUUGCCGGAAAAGCCUAUGGACAAAUAGGACAAGGAUUACCAGUAGCUGCAUCAGGUCUGGCUAUUGUAAUGGGUCUCAAUCUCCUUGAGGUAAUCCAACUUCAGCUUCCAUCUUUCUUUGACAACUUUGAUCCUCGUGCUGCAGCAGCAAACUUCCCAUCUAGUGUACAAGCGUAUCUAGCGGGUCUCACAUUCGCACUUGCUGCAUCACCUUGUAGUACUCCAGUACUAGCCACCCUUCUUGGCUAUGUGGCUACUUCCAGGGAUCCAGUAAUAGGCGGAAGCUUACUGUUGACGUAUACAACAGGUUACGUUGCUCCACUCAUCCUGGCUGCUUCUUUCGCCGGAGCUUUGCAGAGUUUACUCUCGUUUCGCAAAGUGUCUGCAUGGAUCAAUCCCAUAAGUGGUGCUCUUCUACUUGGAGGAGGUUUGUAUACUUUCUUGGAUAGGCUUUUCCCUGCUGCUACUAUGGUCAUGUAAAUAUUUGUUACUAAGAAGAAGAAUCACUACUCAUGUCUACCAAAAAAAGUAUAUAGUAAACAAACAAUGUUUAUAAUGUAAAAUCUGUUAAAAAAAAAAAAGUAUUUGAUCACACUACUUUAGUCUCUGUUUACAUAUUACCAUUCAUCUUAAACCACACGAUUAGUGUGAUUAUAGACGGCCUAGAAAGUAGAAAUAUAACAAUCAUACACAUACAAAAGUCAUUUACAGAUUAAGUAGUUCUACAAAAGAGUCAACAUUUGCGAUUGUGCCGGUGCCGUCUCUUUCUCCAGUCUUCAUCAACAGCUAAGAAAAAAAAACAAGAAUAUUUACAAACAAGUCGCUCCAUUUUCCAUUUUGUUAAUUUUGGCCAAAGACUCUAAUCUUUGCAAUCUCAUCUCUUCAUUGAACUUCUUGAUAAACGCUUCCACACGCCGGUUCAGCUCUUCCUGACCCGGUGACGCCUCGCGCUUCAGCUCCGUAGGGGCAUUUAUGUCAUCCAAGUUCUCAGACUUGGUCAUCUUCUUCUGUUUGGCGCUCUUUUCCGACGAGCUCCGCACGUGCGACCUCUCUUGCCACGUGUCGGAUUUAGUCAAGUGCUUAGUUAACGGCGUCGAGUGUCCUUCCGUUAUCUUCUUCCACGUCGUCUCCAGCGUGUCCUGCCUCCUCGGUGGCUUUUUAUCACCACCACCUGCAAAUUUUUUUUGAAACGUUAAAUUACGAUUAUACCCCUCAACGAAAACUCGAAUCUACCUUGUGCACUCGUUUUGAGCGACUUUUGUUGACUGUAUCUCGGUGGUUUCCUCGACAGCUUCACCCUCGAAGUCUCCAGCGAAUCACUCGUUAAUUUUGGCUUCUCCGUCGCUGGCUUAUGAUCAUCUACAUCAUCAACUUUUACCUUAUCACCUUCAACGACUUGAGAGAGAUCCUUCACCGUCGGAUCAUUGUCCACAAGUUCGGUAUAAUCAUGAGCCACAUUUAAGUAACGGAUGACGAUAUCAGAAGGUAAAGGUACUACUUCGGAGAAGUCGUUGUUGGAAGACGGUUUGUGAGUGAGCUUAGAUGUAGCGACGAUAGAGACGAUGAUGCAAUUGAUGACUAAGUAAAGAUAGGGUGGUUUAAGGAGGAAGACUGUGUUAUCGUGGAUCAUAGGAUAGCAAGACGCCAUGAAAUGUGAGACUGAAGGAACGGUGAAACACACAGCCACCGCGACAGUAAAGAUGCCUGCGAUGAUGACGGCGGCUGCCGUUUUGAAGGAAGAGGUGGGGAAAAGACGAGCCAUGGUGGUGAAUGGUGUCAUGUAAAGUGCGGUGGUUCUC